GACGCGGCGGAGCGGGACCAGCGGCUCGGCGGGGUCCGGCAGACAGGUGUGCGGGCGGCCCGAGCUCAGGCGGCUCCAGGCCGGGCCCGCGGUCCGGAGCCGGGAGCCGAUCGGGGACCUCGCGCCCGCAGCCCAGUCUCGGCCUCGCCGGUGCUCUACUUGGCCGCGCGGUGCGGGGACCACGGCCGGGCCGGGCCACCCAAAGCCUAGUUAGUGUUGGGCCGGGCCGGGCCGGGCCGGGGUGGGUGGGGGCCCGCCCGGCCCGCCCAUGGGCUCAGGAUGCCGGUACGGAGGGGCCACGUCGCGCCGCAGAACACCUUCCUGGACACCAUCAUCCGCAAGUUUGAGGGCCAGAGCCGCAAGUUCAUCAUCGCCAACGCUCGGGUGGAGAACUGCGCCGUCAUCUACUGCAACGACGGCUUCUGCGAGCUGUGCGGUUACUCGCGGGCCGAGGUGAUGCAGCGGCCCUGCACCUGCGACUUCCUGCACGGGCCGCGCACGCAGCGCCGCGCUGCCGCGCAGAUCGCGCAGGCCCUGCUAGGCGCCGAAGAGCGCAAAGUGGAGAUCGCCUUCUACCGGAAGGAUGGGAGCUGUUUCCUGUGCCUGGUGGACGUGGUGCCCGUGAAGAAUGAGGAUGGGGCUGUCAUCAUGUUCAUCCUCAACUUUGAGGUGGUGAUGGAGAAGGACAUGGUGGGGUCCCCGGCCCGUGACACCAAUCACCGCGGUCCUCCCACCAGCUGGCUGGCCCCAGGUCGCGCCAAGACCUUCCGCCUGAAGCUGCCAGCUCUGCUGGCCUUGACGGCCCGCGAGUCCUCCGUGCGGCCCAGCAGCGCGGGCGGCGCAGUCAGCGCGGGUGCCCCAGGGGCGGUGGUGGUGGACGUGGACCUGACAUCCGCGGCGCCCAGCAGCGAGUCGCUGGCCCUGGACGAGGUGACAGCCAUGGAUAACCACGUGGCAGGGCUCGGGCCGACGGAUGAGCGGCGCGCGUUGGUGGGCCCCAGCUCCCCGCCCGCCUGUGCACCCGGCCCGCACCCGUCGCCCCGGGCGCACAGCCUCAACCCGGAUGCCUCGGGCUCCAGCUGCAGCCUGGCCCGGACGCGCUCCCGAGAGAGCUGCGCCAGCGUUCGCCGAGCCUCCUCGGCCGACGACAUCGAGGCCAUGCGCACUGGGGCGCUGCCCCCGCCGCCACGCCACGCCAGCACCGGGGCCAUGCACCCCCUGCGCAGCAGCCUGCUUAACUCUACGUCAGAUUCGGACCUCGUGCGUUACCGCACCAUUAGCAAGAUUCCCCAAAUCACCCUCAACUUUGUGGAUCUCAAGGGCGACCCCUUCCUGGCUUCACCUACCAGCGACCGGGAGAUCAUAGCACCAAAGAUAAAGGAGCGGACCCACAAUGUCACUGAGAAGGUCACCCAGGUCCUGUCCCUGGGUGCAGACGUGCUGCCGGAGUACAAGCUGCAGGCACCACGUAUCCACCGUUGGACCAUCCUGCACUACAGCCCCUUCAAGGCCGUGUGGGACUGGCUCAUUCUCCUGCUGGUCAUCUACACAGCCGUCUUCACACCCUACUCGGCUGCCUUCCUGCUGAAGGAGACGGAGGAGGGCCCCGCAGCCCCCGACUGCGGCUACGCCUGCCAGCCGCUGGCCGUGGUGGACCUCAUCGUGGACAUCAUGUUCAUUGUGGACAUUCUCAUCAACUUCCGCACCACCUAUGUCAAUGCCAACGAGGAGGUGGUCAGCCACCCUGGUCGCAUCGCCGUCCACUACUUCAAGGGCUGGUUCCUCAUCGACAUGGUGGCCGCCAUCCCCUUCGACCUGCUCAUCUUUGGCUCUGGUUCGGAGGAGCUGAUCGGGCUGCUGAAGACCGCUCGGCUGCUGCGGCUGGUGCGCGUGGCGCGGAAGCUGGACCGCUACUCGGAAUACGGGGCAGCCGUGCUCUUUCUGCUCAUGUGCACCUUCGCGCUCAUCGCGCACUGGCUGGCCUGCAUCUGGUACGCCAUCGGGAACAUGGAGCAGCCGAACAUGGACUCCCACAUCGGCUGGCUCCACAACCUGGGUGACCAGAUCGGCAAGCCCUAUAACAGCAGUGGCCUGGGCGGCCCCUCCAUCAAGGACAAGUACGUCACGGCACUCUACUUCACCUUCAGCAGCCUCACCAGCGUGGGCUUCGGCAACGUCUCCCCCAACACCAACUCGGAGAAGAUCUUCUCCAUCUGCGUCAUGCUCAUUGGCUCCCUUAUGUACGCCAGCAUCUUCGGCAACGUGUCGGCCAUCAUCCAGCGGCUAUACUCGGGCACCGCCCGCUACCACACGCAGAUGCUGCGGGUGCGUGAGUUUAUCCGCUUCCACCAGAUCCCCAACCCACUGCGCCAGCGCCUCGAGGAGUACUUCCAGCACGCCUGGUCCUACACCAAUGGCAUCGACAUGAAUGCGGUGCUGAAGGGCUUCCCAGAGUGCCUGCAGGCCGACAUCUGCUUGCAUCUGAACCGCUCGCUGCUGCAGCACUGCAAGCCCUUCCGAGGGGCCACCAAGGGGUGCCUGCGGGCCCUGGCCAUGAAAUUCAAGACGACACAUGCGCCGCCAGGCGACACGUUGGUGCACGCGGGGGACCUGCUCACUGCCCUCUACUUCAUCUCCCGGGGCUCCAUCGAGAUCCUGCGGGGAGACGUCGUGGUGGCCAUCCUGGGUAUGGUGGGGACUUGGUGCGGGGCUGGAAGUGCCUGCCGAGGCCCGGAGAGAGCCGAACCCUCUGAGUGUAUAGACUGCCUGCAGGGACCUUGGGUUCCUUUAAUUCACCCAAGCUCAGGCCCUCAAGGACCAGUAGAGAGGAGCCCUACAGGGGGUGGGGCUGCUGAACUCUGGGAUUCCCCUGCCUCUGUUUGCCUUCAGGGUCUCCUCAUAGGCUGUGAUACCCUGACUUCCUUAAAGCAGCACCAAACCCAGAUGCUCUGAGUUGGGCAAUAGAGGGAGAUUAGGCAUCUCAUUUUACUAAGCUCCUGCAGCCUCAUGCUAUACAAACAAGCCCAGCCCUCGCUGUCUGCAAAGCAAAGGCAGUCCUGCCCCCUUUCCCCUCCGGCCUCUU